CCACCAUCUAGUUUACCCUUCAAUACACGUGAAAAGGAAACUAAAAACAAGAAUAUUUGGCUGUUAAGACUGUUUAGGCAGAAAAAAAAUUGUAUAACACGUAGUUGUUAAUGUUUGUAGCUCGUGUGUUUCAACCAAUAAGAAUGGCUUCAGCAUCUGUACUACAGCGAUUAAAUCAAAGAACUAAAGAGGCUGAAAAUAUCAUCUCAGAACUUAAAGGACAGAUAGAAAAUUUAAGACAAUCUGCAGCCAUCAGUAUCAGUAAGCCUGAGGAAGACAGAUUGAGAAUUGAGAAUGAAGAACUGAGGAAGGACAUAGAAACUUUAAAGGUUCAACUCAUCCUGGCUGAAGCUAGUAAUGGAGUUAGACAAAUACCACUACCAACAAUGAAAGGUAGAGAAAUGUCAAGUUCAGCUAAAGAUGGUGCAAAGGUCCAGGAAGAGGCAAAGGUCAAAGUUGAACCAAAAGAUAAUGGUGGAAAAGAGAAGCCAUCUAAAGGAGAGAAGAAGAAAGAUCAGCCUAACACUUCUGAUGCUGAACCAAAAGCAAAGAAAGGAAAACCUGAUAAGAAAGCAGCAGCACCAGCUAAUGAAAAUGUAGAUGUAUCCAGACUGGACUUCAGAGUAGGAAAAAUUGUUAAAGUAGAGAAACAUCCGGAUGCUGAUACUCUAUAUUUAGAACAAGUAGAUGUGGGAGAGGGGAAAACCAGGACAGUUGUGUCAGGUCUAGUGAAACAUAUAACAUUGGCAGAGAUGCAAGACAAAGUAGCUGUAUUUAUGUGCAAUCUGAAACCAGCCAAGAUGAGAGGUGUAUUAUCAGAAGCUAUGAUUAUGUGUGCUAGUACACCAGAAAAAGUCGAGAUAUUAAAUGUACCUAAAGGUGCCGCUAUUGGUGAUAAAGUGUUUGCUGAAGGUUAUACUGGAGAACCAGAUGCUAUGUUAAAUCCUAAAAAGAAGAUAUGGGAAGCAGUGAAGCCUGAUCUACGUGUAAAUAAAAACAAAGUAGCCACAUAUAAAGGAGCUGCAUUGAAAAUAGAAGGGAAAGGGGAGAUAACUUCUCCAUCAUUAUCUGAUGUUGCUAUUCAGUAAUUAUACAGAACAUUAAAUUAUUUGAAGACUUGAUGUUUUGGCAUUUAAAACAUAUCAUUUAAAUUUCCUAUUAAAUGAAAUAUUGUUAGGUUGCAGACUCAAAUGGCAAAAAUUGUGUAAUCAAGUCUGAAAACAUUAAAAAAGUGAAGAAAGAUU